CCACCACCACUCAGGUUAUUGCUGAAUGUAUGGGUGCAACUUGGGCGUGUGUUUUGCUGUUGAUACUCGAACAGGCCGACCGCGUUCAGCUGUGAAUUGAUCAAGUUUGCGGUUUGGCCGAAACUCAUUUAUCUUCGAGAAAGAUCAUAAUGGGAAAAAAGGUAGUUCCUUAUAAGGGGCAGAAGUAUGAUGAAAUAGUCAAGAGAUGCCAGGCGAGUGGCAGCCCGUGGGAAGAUCCAGAGUUCCCUGCAUCUGAUGCUUCCCUAUUCAACAAACGAAGUUCCCCAGGAAGGAUUGAAUGGAAGAGACCUAAGGAUAUUUGUCCCAAUCCUCAUCUUGUUGUUGAAGGUACAAGCACAGGUGAUGUAUCUCAGGGUCAGCUAGGCAACUGUUGGUUUGUAGCAUCCUGUGCUAACCUAGCUCAAGAAAAGGAGCUGUGGGAGACGGUGGUACCUAACUACAAGGAGCAGGAGUGGGAUGAUGAACAUCCUGAAAAGUACUGUGGGGUCUUCCAUUUCCGUUUCUGGCGUUUCAAUCAGUGGCUGGAUGUAGUGAUUGAUGACCGUCUACCAACCAACAAUAACAAGCUUAUCUAUGUCCAUUCUAAGGAAAGGAAUGAGUUCUGGAGUGCAUUGCUUGAAAAAGCCUAUGCCAAACUGAGUGGUUGCUAUGAGAACCUAGAUGGAGGCAACACUGCAGAUGCACUUGUUGACUUCACUGGUGGAGUUGCUGAGACAAUCUCCCUGACUGAUGAGAAAUACAUGGAAGACUUUGAGAAGAAGAAAGAGUUUCAUAAAAGUCUCAAGAAGUAUAGUGAAAGGAAUUUCCUGAUGAGUGCCUCUAUAAAGUUUGUCUUAUAUCAUCAUGUGAUGUUUGGACCAUGGAGUGAUGGAUCUCCAGAAUGGAAUAAAGUUAGUGAUAGUCAGAGAAAGAGCCUUGGAAUUACUUUUGAUGAUGACGGGGAAUUUUGGAUGCCGUUUGAUGACUUUUGCACCCAAUUCACAAAUCUUGUGAUCUGCCGCAUGCCCAAUAAGAGCUACUUCAGCAUUCAGCGUACCUGGCAUGAGAAGGUUAUGAUUUCAGCAUGGAAGAAAGGUCAAGGCAAGGCCAACCGAGCUGGAGGAUGCAUCAAUAACAGGGAAACAUUCCUACAGAACCCACAGUUCAUCAUUUCAGUGGAUAGUGAUGAAGAUGAUAUUAUUCUCUGCUUGACUCAACCUGACCAUAAAGCUGAAAAUAAGGAAAACAAGACCAUUGGAUUUAACCUGAUGAAGGUUGAAGACAAUCGCAAAUACAGACUCCACACUCCAGGACAAAAGGUCUUGAACUCUACUUUCAUCAAUUCACGCAGUGUCUUUGAGAAAUGCACCCUCAAGAGAGGUCGUUAUGUCGUCCUGGCAACGACUUUUGAUGCUGGAGAAGAGGGUCCUUUAAUGAUGAGGAUCUUUUCUGAUGAAGGAGCCAAGUGCUGGGAGUUAGUCAAAGAGGCUCCAUCUCGUACAAUGAUGAGUAAUAUUCGUGGCUAUCCACAAGUUGUGUCCAAGAUUACUGUGCUAUCUGCCACUGGACUCCAGAAACAGGACCACUUUGGUGGAGGUGCUGACCCAUAUGUGUAUUUGAGAUGGGAUAAUCACACCACACGUUCCCCAGUCAUCAAGAACUCACUAAACCCGGAGUUCAACUUCAGUGCCAUAUUGUACCGCAAGAAACCACAAAAUCCAAUUGUAGUGGAGAUAUGGAACAGUAAUGUUGUGAAGGACCAGUUCAUGGGAGCAGCUGUCUUCAUGGCUCCAGUGGACAAUCAACCUAAGCAAUACACCUCACCAUUACAUGGAAAAGGCCGUAAGACAGAUGAGACUAGACCAGGAUCUAUCAGUGUAGUUGUCCAUACAACUAAUGAUCUGGAAGCUUUCUAAACACCAAGUAACUGUUUCUACAGCACUCCAGAACUUGAUAAUAAAUUCCAGGCCUGUGUGCAGUUUGCUGCUAACAUGUUGAGAUUGUUACAAGGAGUAAUGCAACUUGUAUAGUUUGAAUAAAAACCUGAAACAGUACUUCAGUGUGCUCUUUACAUCAAUCGAACAUGCUUUGUUGAACAAACCAUUUGGCAUAACAAAGUCACUACGACAACUUUUGUACAUAACAUGGUAUUUUCUAUAAAAAAUUACCAUCUGGUUUCCUGCAUUGAGGAAUUAGUUAAAAUGUUCUAAUUGAACUUUGCAAACAUUCUACAAUAAUUACCACAUUUUCUUACUUUUGAUAAAUAUGUAUGCUGUUCAGUUUACAAGGCAUGACAGCAAUGUUUAUAUACAUUGUAUCUGUAAAAGCAAGAUGUAAUAACUGAUUGCACCAGGGCUUUCCAUGUUUUCUUGUGAGUCUAGCUUAAACUUGCCUUCAUUAAAGCUUUUUAAGACCCAAACUAGUCUUGUCAUUUAAAUGUCAUGUGACCAAAAGAGCAGAGAAAUAGAUCAUUCCAAGAAUUCCUAAUAUCAUACUGCGAGUGUAGUAGUCAAGGAUCUUUCCAAUAUUUUUGCAUAUUCAGGUGCAGAAUGUUGCAUCUUCUAUGGGAUUUCAAUUUGUCAGUGACCGAGGUUUAACAAGAAUUUUAGAAAACAAUGACUGUUACUGAAAUUCAGACAAAUGCUUAGUUUUGAAAGACGUCUUGGUGCCACUUAUCCUUUCAAAUGAUGCAUUUACUUCCGGUGUAAUCUGUCUGAUCAUCAGUUCUGAUCUGUCUGGUGGUUUGCAACCGUGUGUUCAAAUAUACAAUACAAACGAGUGGUGAGAUUAAUUGUACACACAGUUGUAAGGCGUGUGAAGAUGGUGCAUGCGCCAUUGCCCGUGUGUAAUGUGUAUUUCAAUUCAUUAUACAGGCCUAAAGAACCAGGACAUAUUUCUGGGCUUACUUGGCUUGGCUUAUGUUUUCUGUAUCUGAUAAAGUUCUGUAGGCCAUGCUCUGUCCUCUCAGAAAGAGCUUUAAAUGUAUAAAUACCAUUCUUCAGCACAGGUAGCACUUGUGCUAUCAAGUUUCCAGAAGCACAUACAUGUAUUAAUCAUGUGUAAGUUGAACUUGAUGUUUAUACUUGUAACUGUUGUUAAAAAAUGGGUUUGCACUAUUUCAGUGUUGAGUACAAACUCAAAUACUAUCAAGGUGGUUGUAUCUGUAAAGGGUGGUUUACCAAGUUACCACGGUACCUUAUUUUUACAUGCAUCUCUGCAGUCAGAAAUGACUGAGUGAUUCUGAUUCUAAAACACAAGUAAAAUUGCCAUCUGUUGCUAAUUUAGCCAGAUUCAGUGCUAAGAUGAGCUGUCCAAAACAUCACUUUGAUGAAAAUAACAUUUACUAGAAAUGUGAAUUUAUUUUUUCAGAUUUCCUGGUACCAAUCCUGUGUCACCAAGCUGGUCAGUAGCUGAAUCAUGUUUUAUAUGUUGAUUGCAUUUGGGCAUAAUGCAUGUAGCUACUGUAUCAACAUGUUGAUGGAUUACAAUUGUUGAAAUGUUCCAGUUUGUUGAUAAGUACUCUGUUACACAAACAACUUCAACAAACUGACCGGUUUUUAAGAAAUAUUUCUACAUUUAUCUAUGCUGGAAAAACGUUGACAUAUUUUCCACCUUUAAUGCCAUACUGAGACCUUGAACUACAUGUACGUAAAAAAAAAUUGAAGUUUGUCAUCACAUUUGGUUCAUAUUUUGUGAAGAUGCUGGCAUGUACGAAAAGACUAAACAAACUUGUAGCCUCUCUAUGAAUGGUUCUAACAACCUUCAGGAAGCUGAUGCUGCUUUUAACAGUGCCAGAGCUGUGGUCUUUAAUACAACAGUUAGUUUUAAUGUUUUUAAUACAUGUAUAUGCUAAUCAAGUGAAAUUAUCUGCAUGAUGAACUAAUUAAUUUGCAUUAUUAUAACUAUGGGUUGCAUGCUUUAUAUAAUAAUUUUUAAGGUGUUUCACUUGAAUGAAUUUUUUUACUGAAAUCAUGUGACAUUGUAAUUGAUAUUUUGUGGAUGUAAGGGGAGUAUAUUUCAACCUAAGUUUUGUAUUCUAGUAAGGUGGAAGAAUUUUUGUAUUGCAUAGUUGUGUAAACUUUUUUAUUUUGUGUGCUGUUGGAAAGGGGGUUUUAUGUGUGUAGAUUGAAUGGCGCAGAUUCUGCUGUGUUUGUUUUGAAUGCUUUAAUACAUUUAAAUGUAUAUGUAGUUGUCUAAUUCAGUAGUGAUCUUACUUUCUAACUUUCUAGCAUUUUGCAGAACUAAGUGUGGUUUUAAUAUUGAUUUUAUCCCUCUUCUUAAGGAUCUACUUGCCCAUUUCACAGACAGUUGAUUUUGCUUGUAUUCUUGUUUUUCUGGAACAUUUGUUGCAACUGCAUUUUUGUAAUUGAAAAAAUUAGGACAAGAUUAGAUGCCGUGCCACUGCCGUGCUGAACUUAAUUCAAAUGAGUGUGGCAGUAGCACGGUAAUAGCACAGCAGUUGCGCUAAAUGCCGAACUUAAAGCAGUGUCAUGCCAUUUCCAUUGGAAUGAAGGAAGCGUGGCAUACCCUGUUGAGCUAAAGGGCUUGCCAUGCCAAAUUCCAUUUGCCAAGCCAAAUUGCGCUACCGACGUGCAAUAGCCGUGCCGAACUUAAAGAAAUUGAAGUAGGCACGGCAGUAGCACGGUGUAUAGGCUGGGCCUUAGUUGAAGUAAAAUGUUGCUUUAUUCAGCCUCUGCAUAAACACCAGUGACAAUAUUUUCACUUACAUCUGUAAACCUAAAUUCAUAUUUUAGCUCCAAAAACCCUUUAAUUCAAUAUACUUGUAGUGACUUCUUACUUAUCUUGGUAUGCCAGUGUAUGCAAGAUUAGGUCAGAAAUUGCCCUAGCUAAGACCGAUUUGUUGAAAAGGGACCAAGUUUUGAACAGCCAUUGUAAAUCAGAAUAGAACAGAUUCCAUUGAUACAAAAGGAAUGUUUUUCUUGUUCAUUUUCAUUCCUUCAGAUUAAUCAAACUGCAGUGGUUAAUUAAGGAGAAGUGCCUGAGGAAACCCAAUGCAGUCACAAGAGCAUAUAGUUCCACAGACUACUACAUGUAUUAUGAAAAUGCUUGUGGGUCUGUUGCAUAUGUUCUUGUAAAUAUAACAAUGAAACUCUUGGCAUCUCUACCUACAGAGUGAAUAUUGUAAAACAAUUCAUGUGUCCUGCACAGGGCUAUACAGUACAUGUCAAAAGGUGGGAUAUUCUCAAGACACAGAACUAGCUUGUGAAUAGUUCAAGGAUUUGUUGAAAAGGAUGCAUACCUGUACAGGCAUUUCAAUGUAACCAACAAACCAAGCAAGAUGUGCAACUUUUGUUCAUUGUGCAAACAGCAUAAUGAAAUUUAUUAAGACUUCUGUACUUAUGUAGUUUAUUUUUUUAGCAUUGUACAAAAACUACCAUUCCUUCUAACUCCAAUAAAUAUGACACGCGGUGAUGGGAA